UAGAAGGACGUGUGCACAGGAAUAUCGGUGUAUUUAAGUGUCCGCUAUAGUGUGUUUCCUGCCCGUUUUUCAGUGGGUGGGGAAGGACGCGGGGAAACUAGGGAGAAGAGGACGUAGGCAGUUGUCUUAAUCAAAGAGCAUUCCGGUCUUAGAAACUGACAAACCACAUUGUUUCCAAUAAUCCAUGGUAACAUCCGUUCACACAAAGGGGGUUCUGAUCGGAAAUUGUCCUGGGGGGAAAACAGCAAACCAAAAAACCCCCAACAACCCCAAACUCUGUCCGCGGACAUUUCAGAGGAUUACUGUAUCUUCUUUUGGGGCAAAGAGCCAAACCCAAGAAAAGAAAAGAAAGAGCGAGAGGGAGGGACACACUGUCCCCGCCUCCCCCCCAAAACGCGCACAUCUGGUCCCCGUUCCCUAGCUGCAGCUGGAUGUAGUCUGUUGAAUCCAGUCCGCCGCGCUCCUCCGUAGCAGCCGGAACAAGACACCCCCACGGACUUUUGGGGAAACCACCUUGGAUAUCCAUCUCCCUCUGGCUGUCCUCGUGCAGCUUGGGAACGUUCAAUGGCUUUGUAAAAACGUAUCCCAAGAAGAGGACCUUCCCAGCGAGAAAACCAAGGUUGGGUCGGACCUGAAACCCUAAAAGCGCAGAAAUCCUUCAGCCCUCCUUGCCUUCGGAUCCCAAGAACCAGCAGCGGCGGCUGUGCCUACGGACGGAGUUUGCUCUUGAACUCGAUGGAUCUGAACUUUGGGCUGCAGAAUCAUCAGUGCGGCUGUGGGGGGAUCACUACGUGCUGAUCUCCGGCAAGGGACGCCUGCUAAUUAUUGUUAUUUUUUUUGUGGGGGUGACCAGUAGCUGGGCGCUGGGCACGAUGUUUCUUGCCACCUUGUACUUCGUGCUGCCGCUCGUGGAUAUUCUUUUGACAGCCGAAGUCAGUGGCGGGGACCAUUUGGACUGUGUAAAAGCCAGCGACCAGUGUCUCAAGGAGCAGAGCUGUAGUACCAAGUACAGAACCCUGAGGCAGUGCGUGGCGGGCAAGGAGACCAACUUCAGCCUGGCAUCUGGGCUGGAGGCGAAGGAUGAGUGUAGGAACGCUAUGGAAGCUCUGAAGCAAAAGGCACUUUACAAUUGCCGGUGUAAGAGGGGAAUGAAGAAGGAGAAAAAUUGCCUGCGCAUUUACUGGAGCAUGUACCAAAGCUUGCAGGGAAAUGACUUGCUUGAAGAUUCCCCAUAUGAACCAGUUAACAGCAGAUUAUCAGAUAUAUUACGACUAGUCCCACAUAUGCCAGAUGUUUUCCAGCAAGUGGAGACUAUUUCAAAGGGGAACAAUUGUCUGGAUGCUGCCAAAGCCUGCAACCUCAAUGACACAUGCAAGAAGUAUCGAUCGGCGUACAUCACCCCUUGCACCACCAGCCUGACCAAUGAAGUCUGCAACAGGAGGAAGUGUCAUAAGGCUCUUCGGCAGUUUUUUGACAAGGUUCCCCCAAAGCACAGCUAUGGGAUGCUCUUCUGCUCAUGUCAAGACAUAGCCUGCACUGAGAGAAGAAGGCAGACCAUUGUGCCCCUCUGCUCUUAUGAGGAAAAGGAGAAGCCAAACUGUUUGAAUUUGCAGGAAUCCUGCAAGACGAAUUACAUCUGCAGAUCUCGCCUUGCGGAUUUUUUCACAAACUGCCAGCCUGAAUCACGGUCUGUUAGCAGCUGUCUAAAGGAAAACUAUGCUGACUGCCUUCUUGCCUACUCUGGGCUUAUUGGCACAGUGAUGACACCUAACUACAUAGAUUCUAACAGCCUCAGUGUGGCCCCCUGGUGUGACUGUAACAACAGUGGUAAUGACUUAGAAGAAUGCCGGAAAUUUUUGAAUUUCUUCAAGGAUAACAUGUGUCUCAAAAAUGCCAUCCAGGCCUUCGGCAAUGGCUCUGAUGUGACCGUCUGGCAGCCAGUCCUGCCGGGGCAGACCACCACAGCCACGACCACAACAGCCUUCAGGGUCAGGAGCAACAAAUCUCUGGGAUCAGGGUCGGAGAAUGAAAUCUCUUCCCACGUUUUGCCACCGUGUGCAAACUUACAGGCACAGAAGCUAAAAUCCAAUGCUUCAGGAAAUCCACACCUCUGCCUGGCUGAUCGGGAUUUUGACAAAGACAGAGCUGGGGGCUCCAGCCAAAUGGCCUCCGACUCAGUGGCUGCGCCUACAAGUGGGAGUCUAAGCAAAUUGCUGAUCCUGACCAUCACUGCACUGAAGACCUUCUUGUCCAUAAGUCUGGCAGAAACAUUGUAGCCCUAUUAACAAACAAACAAACAAAACAACCACAUACGGACAUGUACAAAAACAAAACAAAACAAAACAAAAAAAAAAAAAAACAAGCCGUUUCCUGUUCUUUGUUGUCUAUCUGAAUUCCAGUUUUAGGAGCUAAGUUGAAGCAGUCUGCUAAAAGAGUUUCAUUCAACUGGAAUUUUUUUUUUUCUUUUUAAAGAAAGCUUCUUGUGAUAUUUAGGGACCUUUGUGGAAUACUUGAUGCAGUGCACAUUCCAAACCCAAAAGGCUUUUGAGCAUGCUGUAUUUUAAAGAGAAGACAGUGUGUAAAUUUGGCUAUGAAACAAACAGGCUUUUUAUUGUUAUUAUUUUUUAAAAUGGUUUUAACCCUGGCCUUUAUUUGCAAAGAACUAAGUUUGUUUUCCUAAUAUCUUCCCUAUUUCAUUGAACAGCUUUGGUUUCAAAUUAAGUGAACAACAGACUAACUGGGAUGCCAGUUUUUUGGGUUUUUUUUUUUUUUUUUUUGUCACCGCAUAAAGGUUCUCACCAAGAAUGGAUAUGAAAACAUUUCUUCUCAUAGACUGCUACUGAUGUUAAGCUUUCUAAAUGUAUUAGCAUCUUCCUCCUUAAUGUUUAUGAACUCUUAAGUGGUUUCACAUUCUCUCCUGCUAAAAUAUGAUAUGUCACAUACAGAUGUAAUGUAUGUUUCUCAGUUAUGAUGUCAUAAAAAGUGGGGGGUGGGAGUUUGCAACUUGCUAACGGUAUGUUAAUCAUUUAAAUACACUCAUCUAAGCCUUAUAUGGGUGAGAAUUCCUUAACUAACAAGAGUCAGACAUAAUGGAAGCUUAACUCUAAUAAUCUUUACAUUUAUGAGAUUAUAUAUAGAAACAAAUUUUACUAAAUGGUUUCAAAUGUUGGCUUUCUAUAUUUUGGACCUAAUAAUACUAUCCCCAUUUUUUACUGUUGGUUUAAUACAAAAUACAUGGAGUUCAUUUCCCUCUCAUAGAA